UGUCAAAUUCAAAUAUUUUUUAAAUAGGUAAUAGUGAAAUAAAUAAUAUGGCUGAAUUUUCAUCUCAUCAUUAUUUUUGAAAUUAGUUAAAAAGCAUGUGUGAUUUUAUAACAAAAGCAUUUAACCAAUUGAUUAUUCAAUUGAUUGAGAUAUUAUAGAUAAACAAUUGUUUGACCAGCACAUUUGCACCAGUUCUUAAGUUCGUCGUGAGCUGAGAUAAUGAAAAACUCAGGGGCGUCGAAACCACAACCGCAGUGGCGCCGCCCUUCGGCAAAGCGCGGGCAUAAAUAUCUCAGCUCGACGCCGCACCAUCCCAAAUUCUUUCGAACCUCUUUGCAACUUGAACCCUAUAGCAAUGUGGACCAUUCUUUUGGUGAGUAUUUGACGCUGGUAACGUGGAUGACGUUUUGGUCAACCUCGGCCCAAGAGUAUUUACCCCCGAAACUUGGCGGCGGAGGAUCCAAGAAACCAGCAGUAGAACCAACGUUACCAGCAAACUACGAUUUCUCCUACGACGUGCAAGACAACGCGGUGAGCCUGGACUUCGGGCACAAUGAGAAGCGCAAGGACGACCGCGCUACCGGCUCCUUCCACGUGCUGCUGCCUGACGGUCGCAUGCAGCUCGUGGAGUACGAGGCGGGCCCGGAUGGGUACAAGCCACAGAUAAUGUACAUGGGCACAGCAACGUUUCCCGCGCAAACGGGAGGCGACAAAUUCGACGGGUACCACUACAACGCGGCGUCCAACCGCCAGAGCGUGCGGCAGGCGGCGCCCCGCGGUCCCGCUCGGAACCCCCCCACCGCACCGCCCCCCGCGCCCGCACCCCUCCUCACUCCCGUCAAUUCUACGCAAUGACCUCAACAAAAUUUAUGGAAAGCGUAUACCGACCAGACUGUUGUAAACUAACGUUUCGACUUUAGAGGGUUGUUUAAGGGCGGAAGCACACAUGCUACUGGGCAUGCUGCUAGCUAGCACGGGCGUAUAGGUACUGUUUCUGAUGCCCCCACACUCCCCUUCAUACCGCGCUCUUUCUUCAUAUUACAUGCCAGUCAAUCUAAUUGCUGGUCAUCUACUGUCAAGACAUCUUGUAUACUUACUUGUAAAACUGUACAAGUAAGUAUACAAGAUGUCUGUGUGUUUGGCAUGCAAAUGUACCAGCUACUUGCACGUGCAUUUCCGUCAUUACAAUAGCAGUUUUGUAUUAAAUUCGUUGAAAACAACCUGGCGACACGGUUGUAUUGUAAACAAGAUGUAUUUUAUGGUUAUCAACAACUGGUGCACGCUUAAUGGAAACCAAAGUCAUGCUUAAACCAUUGCUUUCAGCACGAUGGUUAAUUUAAAGAUAUGCAAAAUAACAAUAUGCAAAUUGUUGAAAUGUCAA